AUGGGUGUAAAGAAGAAGAAAGAAAUGCAAGUAACUGCGCUGACCAUUUGCCAUCAAGACCUUGAAACUUUGAGAUCUUUGGCUGAUGUGGAAGGAAAGAAUCUAGCUUCUUUGCUGUUACACUGUGUACAGCUCACGGAUGGAGUGUCACAAAUCCAUUAUGUUAAACAGAUUGUGCCUUUACUGGAGAAGGCAGAUAAAAAUGGCGCAUGUGAUCCCACUAUUCGAAGUUGUUUGGAUAUUUUAGCAGGCAUUUAUCUUUCUUUGAGUGUAAAGAAUCCGUUGAAGAAGGUCUUGGCAAGCUCACUAGAUGGCCUACCUGAAUUUUUCCUAACUGAGGCUAUACAAAGUUUUACUUCUCGUCUUCAGGAAGAAUUGAAUACUACUGAUCUAUAUUCUUAUAGGAAAGUAACUGACAAUAUAUCUUCCUGUAUGGAAAACUUUGACUUGGGUAGAGCAGGAGUUAAUAAUCUUCUUAAAAAUGUGCUUCAUUUUCUGCAGAAGAGUUUAAUUGAAAUCUCAGAAGAAAAUAGAAAAUUUGCUGGAAAUCAUAUAGUUCAAACGCAGUUGAUGAAUGACUUGUUGGUAGGCACUAGAGUUUCAGUGAUGUUAGUGCAGAAAAUACAAGACUUUCAGAGAAUUCAUUUGAAGACUUCCGGUUCUCCCACAUGGCAAAGUAUGUGUGGAUUACUGAGUAUUUUCACCAAGUUUUUAAGCGAUGAUGACCUCUUACAGACAAUUCAGAGUACGUCUGGAUUAGCUGUUAUUCUUUUUAUUAAGGCUAUGUUUCAUCCCCCUGAAAAGAUUCCUGAUUUGAUUAGUAAUUUGCUUCUCCGUUCAGUGGACUGCAUCAGCAUCCCCGACUGGUUUUUGAACUGCUGCAGGAGCCUCUGUUGUACUGAUGUCUCGCAGUCAACUCUCUUAUUCCUGUGUCAGGGGACACUCACCAUGUUGGACUGGCAGAAUGGAAAUAUGGGCCUGAGUGGGGAGGCCCUGCUCUUGAAUAUUGUGCAUGUCUUGUUCACCUUGAGUUCACAGAUCAAGGAAUCAACUCUGGAAUUGUUUCUGUCUAGAAUUUUGGCAUCCUGGACUAAUUCAGCCAUACAUGUCCUUGAAUCAAGUUCCCCAAGCCUAAAGGACAGUCUGAAUGGAAAUUCAAGUGUAGUUGGGAGACUUUUAGAAUACGUCUAUACCCACUGGGAACAUCCACUGGAUUCUUUGAGACACCAAACCAAAAUUAUAUUCAGAAAUAUUCUCCAAAUGCACCAGCUCACUAAAGAAAAGUCAGAUUCCAAAGCAUCAGGUUUGGCUGUGGAUCGUUUCAUCUGUGAUCUGACUGAAAGUCUUCUGCGAUUGGAAUGGCAUGUGAAAGGGAAAUACGCAUGCCUUGGUUGUUUAGUAGAUUACAUAGGAAUUGGACAUAUUUUGGCACUAGCUAAAACUAUUCCAUCACAAAUCUUAGAGGUGAUGGGAGACCAGUCCUUGGUACCUUAUGCAAGUGACCUCUUGGAAACCAUGUUCAGAAAUCACAAGAGUCAUUUGAAGUCCCAGGCUGUCGACAGUACUUGGAUUGAUGAGUGGCAUGAGACUUGGGUUUCUCCUCUCCUUUUUAUACUGUGUGAAGGAAAUCUGGAUCAGAAAUCUUAUGUGAUUGAUUAUUACUUGCCAAAAUUAUUGAACUGCAGCCCUGAAAGCUUAAGCUACAUGGUAAAGAUUCUUCAAACUUCUGCUGAUGCUAAAACUGGACAAGAACAAUCUUUUCCAUCCUAAGGGUCUUACAAUAGUAGAGGGGCUCUGGGAGCUUUGAUGGCAUGUCUACGAACAGCUAGAGCUCAUGGACAUCUUCAGUCUGCAACUGAUGCUUGGAGGAACCUUGUGUCCAGUGCAAGAAUAAAACAAGGCUUAAUUCAUCAGCAUUGCCAAGUACGGAUAGAUACAUUAGGCUUGCUUUGUGAAAGUAAUCGAAGCACAGAAAUCGUUUCCAUGGAAGAAAUGCAGUGGAUUCAAUUCUUUAUCACAUACAAUCUGAACAGUCAGUCCCCAGGAGUGCGACAGCAGAUUUGUUCUCUUCUUAAAAAGUUGUUUUGUAGGAUACAGGAAAGUUCUCAGGUGCUUUAUAAACUGGAGCAAAGUAGAUCCAAACAUGAAUCAGAUAAUGAGUUAACCAAACAGCACCCUUCUCUUUCUUUACAGCAAUAUAAGAAUUUCAUGUCAUCCAUUUGCAGCCGUCUUUUUGAAGCACUGUUUCCUGGGUCUUCCUACCCAACUAGAUUUUCAGCCUUAACCAUUUUAGGCUCAAUAGCUGAAGUUUUUCCUGUCCCAGAAGGUCAAGUCCAAACAGUGUAUCAGCUGAGUCAUGAUAUUGAUGUAGGUCGUUUCCAAACACUAAUGGAAUGUUUUACCAGCACUUUUGAAGAAGUGAAGAUUUUAGCAUUUGAUCUUCUAAUGAAGUUACCAAAAACAGUUGUACAAUUUCAGGAUUCAGAGAAACUGCAAGGCUUAUUCCAAGCAGCAUUGGAGCUCAGCUCAAGCACUAAACCGUACGACUGUGUGACAGCUUCCUACCUGUUGAACUUCUUAAUCUGGCAGGAUGCCCUGCCCUCAUCUCUGUCUGCCUCCUUACAAACUCAGCAAGCUGCAUGUGGAGAUGGAGAUAAGUCUGCUAUUGUGGUGGAGAGGAACACAUUAAUGGUUAUCAAAUGCUUGUUGGAAAAUCUUGAGGAAGAAGUAUCUCAGGCUGAAAAUUCUCUCCUUCAGGCAGCAGCAUCAUUUCCACUGUAUGGGCGAGUUCACUGUAUAACGGGAGCUUUGCAGAGGUUAUCUCUAAACAGCCUACGGUUGGUGAGCGAAUGGAGACCUGUGGUAGAGAAGCUCCUUUUGAUGUCUUACAGGCUUUCUGCUGUGGUGUCUCCGGUCAUUCAGAGCUCCUCCCCAGAAGGCCUCAUCCCAAUGGACACUGAUUCAGAGUCAUCAAGCCGCUUACAGACGAUUCUGAGUGAGAUUCAACCACGAGAUACUAAUGAUUACUUCACUCAAGCCAAAAUACUCAAAGAACGUGAUAGCUUUGAUUUGGAGGACUUGAAUGCCAGUGUGCCAAAUAUUGGUGCUUCAGCAGAGAUCAAAGGUAAAGAAAGAAAAACAUGUGAUGUAACUGCUCAGAUGGUGCUGGUAUGUUGUUGGCGAAGUAUGAAGGAAGUCGCUUUACUUUUAGGCACACUGUGCCAGCUUCUUCCCAUGCAGUCCAUGCCAGAAUCUUCCAAUGGCUUACUGACAGUGGAGCAGGUAAAAGAAAUAGGAGAUUACUUUAAACAACACCUCUUACAGUCCAGGCACAGAGGAGCAUUUGAACUGGCUUACACUGGCUUUGUGAAACUUACCGAAAUACUAAACAGGUGCCCCAAUGUGAGUCUGCAAAAGCUACCGGAGCAGUGGUUAUGGGAUGUUUUAGAGGAAAUUAAAUGCAGUGAUCCUUCAUCUAAACUCUGUGCUACAAGGCGCAGUGCUGGAAUUCCUUUCUACAUACAGGCGCUAUUGGCAUCUGAACCUAAGAAAGGCAAAAUGGAUUUGUUGAAAAUAACAAUGAAAGAGUUAAUCACAUUGGCUGGGCCUACAGAUGACUCACGGAGCACAGUCUCCCAGGUUCAUGCUUUAAAUAUCCUUAGAGCCUUGUUCAGAGAUACACGUCUGGGAGAAAAUAUUAUUCCGUAUGUUGCUGACGGAGCUAAAGCUGCAAUUCUAGGCUUUACAUCACCAGUCUGGGCAGUGAGAAAUUCAUCCACACUUCUUUUUAGUACCUUGAUCACAAGAAUAUUUGGAGUUAAAAGAGGAAAGGAUGAACUCUCCAAAAAAAAUAGAAUGACAGGAAGUGAAUUCUUUUCUCGUUUCCCAGAACUCUAUCCCUUUCUUCUCCAACAGUUGGAAGCUGUAGCUAAUUCUGUGGACAGUGAUACAGGAGAACUCAACCGUCAUCCAAGCAUGUUUCUCUUACUUUUGGUGUUGGGAAGACUCUACCCUUCCCCGAUGGACGGCACCUAUUCUGCUCUCAGCAUGGCGCCUUUCAUUCCGUUCAUUAUGAGAUGUGGUCGCUCACCUGUCUACCGCUCCCGUGAAAUGGCAGCUCGUGCCUUGGUUCCAUUUGUUAUGGUAGAUGAAAUCCCCACUACCAUCCGAACUCUGUUGGCCAAACUCCCCAACUGCACUGACCAGUGUUUCCGGCAAAACCAUAUUCAUGGGACACUUCUCCAGGUUUUUCAUUUGUUACAAGCCUGCACAGACUCCAAAUACAGACUGAAUGCAUACUUUCAGCAGCUGCUGGCUGACGUUGCUGUUUGUACCAGAGCCAAACUCUGGCUGGCCGAGAGGCAAAAUCCAUGUUUGGUGACCAGAGCUGUAUAUAUUGACAUUCUCUUCCUGUUGACUCGCUGCCUUGACAAACCCACGGAAGGCACAGAGCCAGCUGCGGAGCAUCUUAGCUUCUGGGAGGAUGUCAGAAGGAUCAUCUCAGGAUCAGAGCUGAUAACGGGAUUCCCCUAUACCUUCACAGUGCCAGGCCUGCCCCAGUACCUCCAGAGCCUCACCAAACUAGCCAUCGCCACAGCAUGGGCUGUGGCGGCCCAAGCUGGAGAGCAGGCAGGGACCAUUCCCAUCUUCUUCUCUCAGCUGUUGGAGUCUUCUUUCCCUGAAGUGCGCCUGCUGACGUUAGAUGCCCUGCUGGAAAGGUUCUCGACAGCAGCCUCUGGAUUAGGAGAGAAGGGACUGCCACCCUUGCUGUGGAAUAUGGGAGGGACAUUCUUGAUGUUGGCUAUGAAGGAAAAUCACCCAGAAUGCUUCUGCAAGAUACUGAAGAUUCUCCAUUGCAUGGACCCCAACGAGUGGCUUCCCCAGACGGAGCACUGUAUUCACCUUACCCCAAAGGAGUUCCUGAUCUGGACAAUGGAUAUUGCUUCCAAUGAAAGGUCUGAAAUUCAAAGUGUAGCUCUGAGACUUGCCUCCAGAGUGAUCGCCCACCACCUGCAGACGUGUGAGGAGACCAGGGACUCGGUGGCCCCCACACUGAAGUCGUGGGUUCAGUUGGUCGCCUUCUCCUGUGGAGAACACCUUCCCACAGAGUCCAGGCUCGCUGCUGCUGAAGCUCUCACCCGCACCACACCGUUCUUGCUCACCAGCCUCCAUCCCGUUCUUGGAUUGCAGGAUACACUUGCUCUCUGGAGAUGUGUCCUCACCCUCCUGCAGAGUGAGGAGCAAGCCGUCCGAGAUGCAGCCACGGGAACUGUAGUGACUGCCAUGUCACAAGGAAAUACCUACCAAUCAACAGAAUUUGCCUUCUGCCAGGUGGACGCUUCAAUUGCACUGCCUCUGGCCCUGGCUGUGCUGUGUGACCUGCUGCAGCAGUGGGACCAGCUGGCCCCUGGACUCCCAGUCCUGCUGGGAUGGCUGCUGGGAGAGGGUGAUGAUUUCGUGGUCCGCAUGGAAAGCAUGCAUCAGGUGGAAGACUACCUGUUUGAAAAAGCAGAGGUCAACUUUUGGGCUGAGACCCUAAUCUUUGUGAAAUACCUCUCUGAGCACCUCUUCCAGCUCCUCUCCAAGUCCAGCUGCAAAGCCCUCAGCCCCCAAAGCCUCCACCAUCUUCACAGAACAGCGUCAGAGCAGGACCACCUCCUCUCCCAGCUCUUCAGAGAGCUGCCACCAGCUGCUGAAUUUUUGAAGACAGUGGAAUUCACGAGACUGCGCAUUCAGGAGGAGAGGACUUCGGCUUGCCUGAGGCUGCUGGCCCUUUUGACAGGAAAGGAAAGGGAAGACACCCCCAUUCUCGGUGCUUCCGACUCUCCUGCAGAAGCGAAUCAGUUCACUCUUGUAAGAAAAGAAACGGCUUGUUGA